AUCUCGCAUAUGUUUGAAAUAUAAAAAGGGCUUUUCUUUAUUUUCGACACACACGGAAAAUUAUUCAACGUAGUCAGCUUUCGUUCCAUUUUCCCAUUUUUAGGACACACCUCUUUCUGCCAGUGUUGUACAAUCUGAUUUUUGGCAGCCCCCAUCUCAUAUCGGUCAGAGCCCUAUGGCACUAGACUUCGCUAACUUUUCCGCGAAGAGAGAGAUAGUCUCUAUACGCGUCUCCUGGCAAUCAAUAAACAAUCUUAGCCAAAAGGCAUAGUAAGCGAGAGCCUUGUAGCUUCAUUAGAGAUUGCAACUGAUCCAAUAUAAUACAAAUACAUAAUACUUGUAUAUUUGUUGUUUUUAUUCAACUGCUGCUUACAACAGAAACGAGAUCCUGAGAUAAAAGCAAUAUAAGUAAUCGCAAUUGAUUCUGCAUUAAGGGUUGCGCUGGGCUCGGCUGCGUCUGCGCAAUCCGUUUGAUAAUCGCAUCGCUCAUUCGUAAUGUUAGCAAGCCACAAAUCAGCUGUUUUUGUGCAUCGAUUUCCGAUGUACGAUCAAAGUCGAUAGCAGCUAUGAUUCUCUCUCUCUCUCUCUAUUGCAAUUGUCUUAUUAUAUUGGAAUCGCCAUUUACGAGUACAUUGCUAAAGAAAUCGAACAACAACAAAAGAGCAUGGAACCCGGGGAAAAGAAUAAGCAGAAGCCGACACAGGAAAAAGAGAAGAACAAGUCUGAAGACGCAGCCUCGGAUGCCGUAGGCUCCGGCGUGCGUAAAUCGGAGGAGGAUUUCGUCGAUUUUUACGAGGGCGUUGCACUCGGACCGCCCCAGCAACGGAUGCUCUGCAAAGCCGUACCAGAGAAUGUACUCGCGGACUAUGAGCAGAUGUUCGAGACGAUCGGGAAUGUCAUCAAGGAAAUAGUUGACUUCGGUAAGUACGAAGUAUACGUGAUGCUGUAUCCCACUCUGGCCAUUGGCUACCUGCAAAUGGUGUGGAGCGGCAAGUAUGAGAGGGCCAUAUCCUUCGUGGGUAGGAACGAAUACAAGUUGGACGAUUCCUACAAGAGGCGCGUCGAAAAUCUUAAGCGCUUUCGCACGCCAGAAGACCUGCCGGAAAGAGCCCAGGAGCUGCUAUCUUGUGCGGACACAGUGGUGAUAUUCAUGGCCAGGAGCACCUCGAACCAGUUCAAAGUACUCCAAUCUCAGUUUUGGACGAAGGGGCAGCUCAAGACGUUCUUGUCCCACUUUAAAAUCUUCAUCUACUCUGAUGAGAUGAUGCCCCAGGCGCGUAUCCACCUCGAUCGUCCUUUGCCGGCGCCAUUUGCCUGGGCUUCCGUGGCCGAGCCCAUGAACAUUGACGAUGAUGUGACUUGCGCGACGCUUUCAGAAGACCAUUGCAGCGUGGCAUUUGGCACUGCCUCCGGCAUGGUCCACAUCGUGGCCGUGAACAAGGACUGGCUACACAUGAACAUGGUGCGAAGGGAGAAGCUCUUUACCGCCCACCAGGAGCCGGUCCUGGCCUGCGCUGGAGACCGCCAGCUUCUCACCUCCUCGGCGCCGCGGCAUGCGGCUGUGGUGCACACGCACCGGGUUUUGUCAGAAGGUGUUUGCGCACCACGGGGCCAUGAGUGUGGCGUUCGACCCGAAGGGCUGCUACUUUGCCAGCGCCUCCAACGAUAAUGUGGCGCGCGUGUGGAGAGUGGAUCCCGCAGAGCACUUUGUGAGUUUCUUCGGUCACUUGGCACGAUUGGAGGUGUGCCUUUUCCAUCCGAAUGGAAAGUACCUGGCCACUGGAUCGGCAGACGCCUCCGCCAGAAUCUGGGACUGCGAGAAACGCACUCAAAUGCAACUCUUAUGCGGCCACAAGGCCCCCAUCACUGCCAUGGCGUACUCCGUAUGCGGGCACUACCUGGUCUCUGGUGGCCGAGAUGACCUGAUCAUUGUCUGGGACACAACCACCGAGCGAAUAACCUGCAGCCUGACCCAGCCCAACGCAAAGAUUGCCUCGAUUGCUGCUCGUCAAGUGCCCCGAGAAGAAGGUUUCGUCCACCCAAAGCACCAAAGCAAGUGAGCUGGCGCUAAUCAGCACGAUUCAGGCCUGUAAAAAUGGAAUUUUCCUUCAAAGUGGGUUCGUCGGUCGCGAUGCCCUGAUUGUCAUCUGGACGAUGAGUUCUCAGAAGGUAAUAGAGUUAAGCCCGAAAGCAGCCGAGAAGAAGACUGCUCUUGUGAAAGCUCUUGAAACUUGUACUUUGAAUGUUGAGAAAUGAUGAGAUUGAUGCAGAAAUAGCUUCUCGGACCCAGGCGCUGAGGCGAGUCAUCGAUGGAAAGCACCGUCGAGUCCAUGAAUAUACAUUUGAUUCAUUUAUAUAAACGUAAACAUACACAGCCCAAACUUCAAACAUUAAAACUAACCAUUCGGAUCCCACUCAUUGUUUGAGCUAAUAAACCUCAAUGAUUCCGGCAUUCCCUGAGUGGCCCCAAAAGACUAUUUUAAAUAUCGUAGACAAGUGCUAAAAGUGGUUCGCGGUUGCAUUCAACUGUUUUGUGGUCUGGCUUCCAGCCCACCCACGCGAAUGCACAACAAAUGGAGCAACAAUUUAUGGACCGGCACAAACCCUCUGAAAGACGAACCGAAUGAAUUAAGUAAAAUUUCUAUUUCGAAAAAUUACUGAUUAAUUACUAUCUUGCAGACAUUGAAUUUUGUGUUUGGGACAAUUGGAAAUGGCUUUAUUUAUGAUCAUCCAUUGAGGGCUCAGCACACAUACAUAUGUAGGAACAUGUGCAUAAUUGAUUAUAGAUAUAUAUAUAUACUACAAUAUGUGAGAAUUAGGGACCGCAGCUGCUGGAACCUCAAAAAAUAUGUCUAAGGAAUAAAUGUGUAAUACUUCAAUCUAAGCAAUUAAGUGAUGUCCAGACACAGUGUCUUUCUUUUCCCUUCCCUCUUGGAUCCAGGGAAGAGGAUUCGA